AUGCGCAUCUCGGCCACCGUAUCCGCCUUCGCCCUCGCCCUACACCUCGGCGGUGUUACGGCCCUCAGUCCCCGCCAGGAGCCCGACAGCAACACCGCCAAGGCCACCGCCUUCGUCGCCAAGAGCUUCAUCAUCGAGUAUGCUCCUGGGUCCAGCGCCCGUCUCCGUCGUCAGAACGUCGCCUCCACCGACGGCAUCAAGGUCGUCAAGGAGUUUGCUAGCGACGUAUUCUCUGGCGCCAGCAUUGAGACAGACACCUUCACCAUCGACACCCUGCAGGCCCUGCCUGAAGUCCUCAACGUCUGGGUGAACGAAGAAGUCAAGCUUGAUCCCACCGAGCCCCAGGCCGCCGCCCCCGAGGACGCCCCCACGUACUCGACGCACAACGCCACCGGCGUGUCCAAGCUGCACGCGUUAGGCAUUUAUGGCAAGGGAGUCAAGGUCGGUGUUGUUGACACCGGUAUCUGGUACGACCAUCCUGCUCUCGGCGGUGGCUUCGGCCCCGGCUUCAAGGUCGCCGCUGGCUACGACUUCGUAGGGGACGGCUCGUACCCAGCCAGCGGCCCCAAGGCCCCCGAUGAUGAUCCAGUCGACACCAGAGGGCACGGCACACAUGUCGCAGGCAUUAUUGCUGGCAAAACCGACUCAUGGGUUGGCACCGCGCCUGAGGCUACCCUGCACGCCUAUAAGGUCUUCUCGAACGCCGCGUCAACUGACACUGCCACGUUGAUCGAGGCCUUCCUUGCUGCCUACAGUGACGGCGUGGACAUCAUCACUGCCAGUAUCGGCGGGGCCAACGGCUGGUCCAACAACGCCUGGGCCGAAGUCGCCUCUCGUUUGGUCGACGAGGGCGUUGUCGUCACCAUUUCUGCCGGAAACAGCGGUGCCAACGGCCCCUUUUAUGGCAGCUCCGGCUCCUCCGGCAAGAACGUCAUUGCGGUGGCAUCUGUCGAGACUGAGGUCUUCCCCGCCAUCCCCUUCGAGGCCACCUUUGGCGGCAGCGAGACCAGCCGCGUCGGAUACCUGCCCUCCGCCGGCUACUUCCCUCCCACCGUGGUUGACUGGCCUAUCGUCGCGCUUUCCACUGAUACCAGUGCCCCGGCGGACGGGUGCACUCCCUACCCCCCGGGUAGCCCCGACCUGACGGGCAAGAUUCCCCUGGUCCGCAGAGGAACUUGCAACUUCCAGGUCAAGCAGGAGAACCUUGCCGCCCUCGGAGCCGAGUAUAUUCUUAUUUAUAAUAACGAGAGUCCGAUGACCACUCCCGGGACUGGUAAUACCGACACAAUGAUCGCUCUCAUAACCGCCGAGUCCGGCGCCUCGUUUAUCAAUGCCAUCAAAGCGAACACUACCGUCACCGCUGACUUUUCGGUUAACCCCGAGAUUCCCAUCGCACUUGAUUACCCGGCAGGGAAUAGGCCCAACAUCUUCACUAGCUGGGGUCUGCUGUAUGACAACCAGCUGAAGCCCGACAUUGCUGCUCCCGGUGGCAACAUUUUCUCGACCUACCUCGACGGCGAGUACGCCAUCCUGAGCGGAACGUCCAUGGCCUGCCCGUACGUCGCCGGUGUUGCGGCCCUCUACAUUGGCCAGCACGGCGGUCGCUCCGUCCAGGGCAAGGGCUUUGCUCGCGCUCUGUCCCGCCGCAUCAUCUCGAGCGGUUAUGCCUUGCCCUGGUCUGAUGGCACCGCUACCGACUACGGUUACACUGCUCCUCCGGCCCAAGUCGGUAACGGCCAGAUCGACGCCUGGAAGGUGCUCAACUACGGCACCCAGCUCGAGUUCGACAAGAUCCAGCUCAACGACACACGCUACUUUUCCCGCUACCACGACGUCACCGUCACCAACAACGGCAAGUCUGACGUGACGUAUAAGUUCUCUGUCCAGCCCAACGCUGGCGUUGACGCGCUUGCCUGGGUCCCCGCCACGGGCGGCCUUCCCGGCACGAAGCGUGUCAAGACCUUUGCCCAGCUUAGGCCCAAGACCUACACCCCCGAAAUCAGCUUUCCUCGAGACUUCACGCUCAAGCCGGGUGAGAGCAAGACCGUCUCGGUCAACUUCAAGAACCCCGACAACCUCGGCUGGAAUGCCACCGGCCUGCCCCUGUACGGAGGCAAGGUCAUCAUCCAGGGCAGCAACGGCGAGCUGGUAUCGGUCCCCUAUGCCGGCGUCGGCGCCGACCUUCGCAACACCCUCGGCGGCGUUCACGAGGCCGGCUGGCCUCAAUCUACCUCCACCGUCGACGACACACCCAUCGCCGAAAAGGCGACGUACUCGUUCGACCUCAGCAUCGAGGCCCAGGACUUCCCCAAGAUCUUCCAAAAGCUCAUCUGGGGGACCCGCCAAACAAGGUGGGACGUGUUUGACGCCAGCUGGACGGAGCGCCAGUGGGUCUAUCCCCCGGUCGAGGGUCAAAACGGCUACAUCGGCUCCGUCGCCUCGUGGGUCGGCUCCGGCGAGGUGCAGACCUUCGACCCGGCGCAGUACGACCCGGACGAGACGUUCACGUACCCCAUCACCGACGUCUACCGCAACGCCGGCGCCCAGUACCACGAGCACUGGUGGUUCGGCAAGCUGGGUAACGGCAGCCAGAUCGCGCCGGGCGAGUACCAGUUCCGCUUCGCCGCCUUGCGCCCGUUCGGCGACCCCACGCACGCGGACAACUGGGACGUGUACAAGACGCCCAAGAUCACCAUCACCGGGCAGUACUAG